GGAGAAGCAGAGGAUUGUGUUGUGGUCAGCAGUCCACGCCUCCGCGCUCAUACAGUGUUGUUGGAGGAACAAAAAGAAGAGCUGAACUGUUGAAGAAAUGAAUGAUGCCCUGUUUCAAGUCUUUUCCUGCACUUUCCUACCCAGCUUCAUAAACACGCAAGAGGAAUGUUAAGUUGCCGAAACAGGUGAUAUAUAAGGAUAUGGCGUCCAAAAGGCGUUCCAGUACUCAGCAAAAAGCAUCUGGUGACAUCCACAUGAACACAUCUCACAGACAAACACAGAAAUGUAGCAAGGAGAGAGCUCACUACUGCUUGGAGUGUGGAAAGAGUUUUGCUCGACAGAGUGCUCUCAAAAUACACCAGCGCAUUCACACAGGAGAGAAGCCGUAUUACUGCUCAGAAUGUGGGAAGAGUUUUAAGCGUCAGAGUCAUCUCCAAGAACACCAGCGCAUUCACACAGGAGAGAAGCCGUAUCACUGCUCAGAAUGUAGGAAAGGUUUUACUGCACAGAGUCAUCUCCAACAACACCAGCGCAUUCACACAGGAGAGAAGCCAUAUUACUGCACAGAGUGUGGGAAGAGGUUUAAUCAACAGAGUACUCUUCAAGAACAUCAGCGCAUUCACACAGGAGAGAAGCCGUACCGCUGCCCAGAGUGUGGGAAGAGUUUUAAUCAUCAAAAUCAUCUCCAAGAACACCAGCGCAUUCACACAGGAGAGAAGCCAUACCACUGCUCAGAAUGUGGGACGAGUUUUAAUCGUCAGCGCUCUCUCCAAAGACACCACCGCAUUCACACAGGAGAGAGGCCAUAUCAUUGCUCGGAGUGUGGGAAGAGUUUUAAUCGUCAAAGUACUCUCCAACAACACCAGCGUAUUCAUACAGGAGAGAAGCCGUAUUACUGCUCAGAGUGUGGGACAAGCUUUAGGCAUUCAAAGACUGUGAUGACUCACAAGUGCAUUAAGAGCAAUAGGGGAAAUGGGCAGUAAUGAAUGUAACCUUAACACAUUCUGGGAGUAGAAGUAUUCAGGGUAAGGUGCUUCCAGCCCUGACUGUUUUUUGAGGAAAACCACCCAUUGUUGUCUUAUGCUGUUUCUAAAACAUGAGCAUAAAAUGAAAUUUAAAUUCUUGUCCUAAACAAACCUACAGCUCAUUUCCCUCCAAAAUUAGUUUUAUUUGUAAUAAAUGUGGAAGACAAUUGAGAAGCUCACCAUUCAAUCACAAAUUAUGCUUACCUUUCAAAUUUACUAUAUCCAAGCUAGUAUAGUAUUUCUGAUGCAAUGAUAGAUGUUUUGAAAAACAUUUGACAGUGUGCUUGGCCCCUUAGUCUCUCUUUUGCUUUUUUGAUUCCUACACAUUCUGUAUGUUCAGAGUGUUCUUGUUGACAACUGCUUCAAAGGAGAUAUGACCAUGAAGACUGCGAUAGUGAAGAUCUAAUGUGCUAGGCAGAACCGAUCAACUUUGUAAAAGAGACACUGGCGUAUGAAGGACUGCAAGCUGUCUAAGUGUGGAACUGGUGAUCUCUCCUCAGAAUGGCCUACGCAUGCCUGUUUUGCACGGCAUAAAGUUGCAUACAGGCCAGCUCAUCCAUGUACUUUCCGUUACUGUUUCUGUAGAGAUUUUUUAAAGACUUUAAAUAUGUUGAUAUUCUUUGUCAUGUUCGUUGAUUGUCCCUUGAGAGUACUGUGAAAUAAAAGGACUUUUAUGCUCAUCUCAAAUCUGUCCUUCCUGUUCAAGGCCUUGGGCCUAACUGAGAGUGACUCUUGGUGACAUCAUGAGGAUGCACAUGAGGGACACUAUCUUUGUUGACUGAAUCUCACCAUGACACUGUGUUCAGUUAUGUUCCUGAACCAAUUUAAGUCUGCUCUGUAAUAGUUUUGUGAUUUGUAAUAAUGAUUCAGUAUGUGUAUGCAAUUCUGUAUGUAAUAUGCAAACUGUCUAAUUUACAUUCAAUUUGCAUAGAGGUGUAACUUUGUUAGACAGUGGGGAUGACACCUGUGGGUGCUCUCAACCCCCACCACACUCUCUCUCUCUCUCUCUCUUUCUCUCUCUGUUUUAGCCUGAUGAUUUCUUUCUUUAAACUCUUGUUUAGUUAAGCCUUUGCAUGUGAGGUUAUGUGUGUUUUUUGAAUAUGUUAAACUGUUGAUUAUUUUUCUCUGUUUAUUCUUUCAAAAAAGAAAAUUAAUGUCCCUGUAAUCCUGA